CAUUCACUCAAAGUCUUCCUCUUCUCUUAUUUCUCUCUCUAAACCAACACAAUGUGGAAGUUACUGCACCUCAACCAACUCUUCCACCCCACAUCAACCUCCGCCACCAAUCCCCUUGCCGUCGCGGUCACCGGCGCUUCCUUCGCCCUCCUCCUCCUCGCUCUCUCUAUCCUCUCUGCCCUUCUUUACUGUCUCCCCAGACGCAAAACCUUCUCUACUGACCCCACCGUCAACCUCUUUCACUGGGAUGCCGCCGCCGCCUGUUGGAAAGCGAGGAACACCAUGGACUCGCCGGAGCUCCAGCCCCUGCUCGCGGGAAAGGCCUGGGUGGCGGUGGUGGACGACGAAGAACAGCAACUCUGCUCGCCGAGAGGGAAGAUUACAGAAUCUGAACUUGUAUGCGAACCAGAGGAAGAAAAUUCUGAAAAUGAUGAUGCUGGAGUAUCUGAUAAUGAAGCUGAAACAGAUAUUUUACAACAUUUUCUAAUUUCACUCAGAGAAGAAAAGAAGAAACAGGCAGCCAAGUUGGAAGAAGUGCUGAAUUUCUUGAAUGAAGAUAUUAAGGAGGUAGAAAGAAGCUACUCACUUGGGACAGAUUCAGUAUUUCCUUUGGCACCAAUGAAAAAUCCAGAAGUGAAAGGAAACGAUGCACACUCUCAAGAUUCUUCCAAUUCAGACAUCAGUAUAAUGAUUCGAAGGUCAUUUGUGGAUGAAGAAAGAUUAAUGAGUAAUAUAAAUGAGCUAGAGAGUUCAUACUUUGCGGCAAGAUCCCAAGUUCUGCCCAAAGAGGCUUCAUCUGUUUCAAGCAAUGUGAUGGAAAGUGAAUGGAGGCAUGUAGAGAAUGUUGAUAAGGAGCCAAGAAGAAUUCAGAGUUCUGUUGCUUGUCUAGAAUCCUUCUGUGAAGGUUUAUGCAAGUUUGCUCGUUACAGCAAGUUUGAAGAGUGUGGCAGAUUAGGAAAUAGUUCUGGAAAUAUAAUGUGUGGUUUAAGUUUUGACCGUGAUGAAGAUUACAUUGCAGCAGGAGGAAUUUCAAGGAAAAUCAAGAUUUUUGAGCUCAGUAGUGCUAUUUCAGGUGAUUCUGAUGACAUCCAGUACCCAGUAGUUGAGAUGUCAAAUGAAUCAAAGAUUAGUAGUGUGUGCUGGAACACUUGCAUACAAAAUCAUCUGGCAUCUGCUGACUAUGAUGGCGAGAUUAAGAUGUGGGAUGCAGGCACUGGUCAGCUUUUAUCUCAAUACAUAGAGCACGAAGAGAGAGCUUGGUCUGUUCACAUUUCUCCGUCUGACCCAAAAAUGUUUGCUAGUGGAAGUGAUGACUGUUCUGUCAAAGUUUGGAAUAUCAAUGAGAGAAAUUCUGUGGAAACUAUCAGUAUGGAUGCCAAUAUAUGCUGUGUUCAGUUCUCUCCUCCAUCAACAAAUCUUUUAUUUUUUGGGUCAUCUGAUCACAAGGUUUAUGGUUAUGAUCUUCGUCAUACUAGAAUCCCUUGGUGCUCAUUAGCUGGUCAUAGGAAAUCUGUGAGCUAUGUAAAAUUUAUAGAUGCUGGAGCGGUUGUCACAGCUUCCACUGACAACUCUUUGAAGCUUUGGGACCUGAAGAAAGCCAGUUCUUCUGCUUUGUCUUCUGAUGCUUGUGUCUUAACCUUUAAAGGACAUAGAAAUGAAAAGAAUUUCGUGGGAUUGUCUGUUUCGGGUGGAUACAUUGCAUGUGGUUCAGAAUCUAAUGAGGUAUACUGUUAUCACAAAUCACUUCCAGUGCCAAUUGCUACUCAUGAAUUUGAGCCAAUUGAUCCCAUUUCUGGUGAUCCAGAUAAUAGACAGUUUGUUUCUAGUGUUUGCUGGAGAAAGAAGUCUAACAUGCUUGUAGCCGCCACCUCAGUUGGAAUUAUUAAACUAUUUCAGAUGGUCUGACAGAAAGAACAUAUCUGGUUGACACUGAGAUGAACUCUCAGACUAGUUUUUGGUUCAGGUUUCAAUGAUUAAUGGGGAAUAAUUUGCUUCUGAGCAAAAGUGUGUUUAUUUUUCAUGCUUUGAUCAUUUUCCGGAGCUAGUUUUCUACAAAAUGAUAGGAGGAUAACUUUUGUAAAAUCUGAUACAAAAAAGCUGAACCAAAAUUGAAUAUAGCAUGUACAAAUUUAGGAAUUUGAACUGUAGCACUGGUGCAGCUGGAGCAUGCAAGUCUCUCUCUCAAAUAUCAGUAUCACACAUGACUAGAGGUUUCCUCUGAUUCAUUACAUCUGUAUAUAGCACCCUCCAAAUGCAAAGCAGAAGUUUUUCCUUCAGAAACUUCGCAUCAAUGGCAUCCGUAAUUCACAAAUCAACAAUCUAGGGCCACCAAACAGACCUGAAAAUUUGAUUGAACUUGAGUCUUAGACAAAAAUGUUGUUUUACAGCAUAACUUCUUGCUCCUACUCAUCCAAGCUCCUGAGACUGCAGUCUGUUAAGCAAGUGAGGGACAUAUUACUAAAGCAGAUCUGGAUGCAGCGCAUAGAUACAUACUUGUUACUUUAACUUCCAAAUCACUUUUAGUUUAUCAGAAAACUACAGGAUGUGAUCUAUGCUGUGCAUUACUAUUUUGCUUGCAGAAACUAAGUGUGGUUGUAAUAAUGGUUCAAAUGUUAAUUUUACACCGUCA